AGCUGUCAUUGUCAGAGUCAGUCGAAGAAGUAAACAAAACAGUACAACACAUGUGCAGUGCACAAUGCUUAUUUAAAUUUAUUUGCUCUAAUAUUUAAAUAAAGACCAUGAAAGUUCAAACACAGAAACGUUAUUUUAUGAGUGAAAAUGAUGAUGAAACCAAAAAGAAGAAAACUCCUGAAAGUAAUAGCCAAGGAGUUAAAGUUUACAAAAUUCAGAUAAAUCCUGGCAAAUUUAAACAACAUAAAUAUGAUAAGAAUCAAAACAACAAAAAAAAUCAUUCAAACAAGAAAAAAGUUAAUAAAAAAUAUCCUGGCAAAGCACCUAUUGAUAAGGAAAAACUGGAGCUCCAUUCCCGGGGUGAAGGGCUGAGCAGCAAAGGAGUCAGGCAUCCGUUACAUGCAGCUAAAUUGAAGAGGAGAGAAAAGAAACUAAAUUUUGCUCAAGAGGAGGCUGCCAGAGCAGAAAUUUUAUUAACUGAAGAAAAGGGGUCCUUAGAUGUAGGCGAAGACAGAAAGACAACAGCGAUUACUCAAAAAAUUAUAGCUGAUAGUGUUGACAUAGCAGCCGCUACCAAGAUAUUUGAACUAAACCUGGAAUUUGGACCAUACAGAGCAAAAUACUCCCGUAAUGGAAGGCACUUAUUGUUGGGUGGUAGGAAGGGACAUGUGGCUGCAUUCGACUGGGUCACUAAGAAGUUACAUUGUGAGAUGAAUGUUAUGGAGUCUAUUCAUGAUGUAAGCUGGCUUCAUGUUGAAACUAUGUUGGCUGUAGCUCAAAAGGAAUGGUUGUACAUAUAUGAUAACACAGGAAUUGAAUUGCACUGUUUGAAGAAAAUGGACAAGAUUUUGCGAAUGGAAUUUCUACCAUAUCAUUUCUUACUAGCUGCUGUGAAUGAAUAUGGAUUCAUGUCCUGGUUAGAUAUAUCUAUAGGAGAAAUAGUUGGACAUUACAACAACCGGUUAGGAAGGACCUCUGUGAUGGCGCAAAACCCAUAUAACGCAACCAUUUGUCUGGGCAACUCUAAAGGCGUUGUAUCUCUAUGGUCACCGAAGAUCAAAGAGCCUUUAGCAAAAAUCUUGUGUCACAAGACACCAUUAACAGCUAUUGCGGUGGACAGUCGAGGCAUGUACAUGGCGACAUCGGGAGUAGAUCGCAGCAUGAAAGUGUGGGACAUAAGAAAUCUGGACGGGCCUCUUCAAGACUACCGCCUGCGGAGCGCGCCUGUAGAAUUAGAUUUCUCGCAAAAGGACAUGCUGGCUGUUGGUCUUGGUGAAGUUGUUGAAGUUUACCAGGACUGCUGUUCGAGAACUGCUGACCGACCGUAUUUGAGGCACAGGAUGUCUAAAUCAAUAAACAAUUUCAAAUUCUGCCCAUACGAGGACGUGUUGGGAAUAGGGACCAGUGCGGGAUUCUCAAGUAUUAUUAUUCCAGGCAGCGGUGAACCUAACUUUGACGCGUUGGAGAGCAAUCCAUUCCAAACGAAGAAGCAACGCAAGGAAGCUGAAGUCAAGGCGUUAUUGGAGAAGAUCCCGGCUGAACUCAUCACGCUGGAUCCCUUCGAGGUGGCCGAGGUGGACGUGCCGACUAUGAAAGAGCAAAUGGAGGCGAAGAGGAAGCUUCUGUAUGUCAAACCUAAAAAGAUUGACGUAACCCCAAGGCGAAAGAAGAAAGGAAAAACCAAUAUUGCAAGAAAGAAGAUAAUAAAAGAAGCUGCUAGAAAAGAAUAUAUAGAAAAGUCUAUAGAAGCGAAGAAAAUAUUGGAUUUACCAGAAAAUCAGAAGAAACCAGCACCAUCGUUUGGUGUUCUCAAUAGAUUUGUAUCAAAUCCAAAAACUAAAAAAUAAAACCAC